CCGCGCGUCGGGGCCCGAAAUAGCUCGUUUUGAUCCCACUACCUCGGCCAGGAGCCCAGGCCUGGCAACCGGUGCGACCAGCUGCCCCUGUAGCAAGAGGUUAGCGUGUAGAUGACCAUCGGGGCCAGCUGUCUGGCCCAGCUGAUGGACGACGGUGAUUAGGGAGGGGACAGACUCCUGACUGCCCCUGCAAUGGGAGGACAGCGGCUAGACCUGAGCAGCAACAGGGAGGACUUUUAGAACCCGAGACUGCUGGACACAGGAGUCCGAUCGCCGCCAACCUCAAGCCGGCUCAGAUCUUUUUCUUCAUUGGUCCAAGAGCUUGCCAAUUACGACUGCACGCUGCAAAUUCUCCAAUCAAGUAUGUUCUUUCUAGCAAGCCAACGUUACAGCCAAUCGCUUUCCAGAUACUUUAUAUUUUCCUCUCUGUCAUUGGUCGUCUCGGAGGCCACUCUUUUCCUUCGCCGGCACGCCCAGAAAGGGGCAGGGCUGAUGGGACAUUGCUAAGCGACCGAGAUGCCGGCGGGAUCCGUCCGGCGACCCCAAGAGCGGAAGCGCUGAGGUAGCUGCGGAAUGGACCGCAGCAGCCUGCCGGCUCUCUCUAUCCAAGACAGACUGCCUGGAGGUGCUUCCCCAGGUCGAAGCCACUACUGGUCAUCUGGAGGCCGGACGUGGUGCUCCAAGACCCUGAGCCCAUCCAGGUCCCAGAGGUCCAGGCUCCCACAGGCUCCCAAGGCUGCAGCCACAGGUCCCACCUCCCCUGAGCCAUCGGAGGAGUCCUGGCCUUCCAGUUCAGGGACCCCUUCCCCACCCACCACCACUGAGGGACACAUGGGGGCCUCCCCGUCACCUCCCCUGAUUGACAGCGGGGAUUCCGUGGUGGCCAAGUACAUAAACAGGUUCCGCCAAGCUCAGCCCACAAGCCGAGAGGAGCGCCAGCCUGCAGGUACGACCCACGCUGACUUUUGGUGGCUGCAGCCCGAGCCUCCAGUCCCCAGCAGUGAACCAGCAGCAGCAGGAACUAACAAGCCAAAGGAAAGACCAAAUCCAGCAGCCCCAACCCCUGCCACAGCGGCCAGUGCAUCCCGGGCUGUGGCUCCCCUGCAGGAAAUGAAGCAGAGCCUCAACACAUGGAACUCAUCCCUGCUGGACCUGGAGACGCUAAGCCUCCAAAGUAGAGCCGCCAAGCUGCUGCGACGCAGCAAGGCCUCCACCUCCUCCUCCUCCUUCAGCCCCAGCGAUGCCAGCAGUGCCUCGUUCCCCUUCAGCUCCGAUGGCCUCUCUGCCUUCUCCAUGACCUUCACCCCCGAGUCCGGCGAGGGCUCUGUCCCCAGAGAGCCUGCAGCCCCUGCGCCGGCCCAGGCCGCCACCCCUGCGCCAGCCCCCACCUCCUCCCAGGCACCCCUUCGCCCAGAGGAUGACAUUUUGUACCAGUGGCGGCAGCGGCGGAAGCUUGAACAGGCUCGAGGGGGCAACGGAGAUGGCCCCUGGGUGCUGCCCCAGACCGUCCCUACCUCAUCUGGCCCUGCGGUGACCCCUGGUCCCCUGGGGGCCCAGCCUAGCUGCGUCCCACCAUGGGGCGGCGUGGCCCGGCCUGGUCCUCCGGAGGCCUUCUAUGUGGAGAGGCCCCCUGUUCCCCCUGGGUACCCUCCACAUAUCUUCUGGGCUCCCAAUCCUCAUGGGUUUUUCUGGGCCCCACAGUCUGGUCCCUGGGUAUCUCUUGGGACUGUGCCUCCAGUACCACUGGCCUCCACCCCAGCUCCCCUGGCCUCUAACCUGGCUCCCCCAACCCCCGCCUCUGCUCCCCCAGCCGCCACCCCAGCGCCCACUGCCUCCACCCCAGCUGCCCUGGUCUCUAACCUGGCUCCCCCAACCCCCACCUCUGCUCCCCCAGCUCCUCUGGCCCCCACCCUGGCUCCCCCCACCUCCACCCCCGCUACCCUGGCAUCCAUCCCUACACCCUCAGCUGCUCCCCAGGGCCUGCCCACCAGUGAGAAGCUGGGCGCCAAGCCCCGGAAGGGCAGAGCCCCGUGCCGGGAGGCUGCCGUACAAGUCUCUGCCGUUGACGCUGACGGGGGGCCUGACCCACAGCUCAGGGGCGCCCUCGACCAGGUAGUGACCGACCGGCUGUUCCGGGACAGCCUGGAGGACACGCCCCCUCACCUCCUGGGCCCACCUCCAGCCAAGGCCACACCCCUCCGGGCCCGGGUCACGCCCCCUCUAUCUGAAUCCUGCCGUCCCUCUAAAGCCAAGGCGGGGUCCGCCCCCUGCAAGGGCAAAACCACUCCCGGGACUGACGUUGGGCACCUGCAGCCCGAGGCCCCACCCCCUACAGCCGCGCCACCCGAGUUCAAGGUGGACUCUCCUGAAGCUGUGGCCACGCUGCCGCCGGCUGCGGCCCGUGCCCGCCCUGAGGAUGUCCUCUGCCAGGCCGCCCGACUUCUGCAGGCGGCAGACGACUCCGAUGGCAGCGAGUUCCAGGAUGACCCCGUGCUACAGGUGCUAAGAGCCCAGAGGGCACUGCUGCGGCAGCAGAAAAGGAAAGUGGAUGCCCGGUUGUCUCUCCUACUGGACUCAGCAGAAGACGCGGGGUCUUGGUCGCCACCAGCCAGGUCUCCCCCCAGGUCCCCAAGGAGGCGGCUGAGGAGGGAAGGAGCCUCCCUGGAGGCCAGGCGGCUCUGAGUUGUAUAAAUUCUGUUUUGCCCAGUGAGACACUGUUUCCAGGUUGCUUGUUCUGGAAAGCCCAGGCAGGGUGCUAAUGGAAGGCAGUGGCCUCAGGGGGUGCUCCCCCCCCCAACUCCCCUGACCAGUGAAGCAGUCUUCCCUGGCUUCACCUUCCUCAGCUGGAGGUGGGCCGCUUCCAGGCCAAACCUGAGGCAACACUGGGACCCACUUGUCGAUGCUCAGCUCAGGAGUGGAUGGAUGCAAAGGGCCUGGUGUCCGAGCAGGGGGCUGCCGGGGCCGCCGGGGUGCUGGACAGGCCGCAUGCUGCGGUGCCAGCAGCGAUGUGUGGUGCGGCUGGGCCCUCCCCAAGCAUCUCUCUUCCCCUCCUUCCAGAACGCGUCUCCUUACCUCUCUGGCCAUGCCUCCUCCUCGUCCCAGUGGGCCAACUUCAGCCUGUUCCUGGAUUCUGGCUGAAUUCUCUCCCCACCCUCGCUCACUCUCAGGCGCUCUUGCCUAGCCUCAUAGCUCUAAAACCCAUUCUGCCGAAUCCCAAAAUUACUGUCUCGAGCCUACGCCUGGCCCUAAGAAACGUCUCAAAUUCCGUAGGCCCUAAACUGAGCCCCCAGUCUCCCACCUAAAUUUGUUCCUCCUCCACUUCUGUUCUAGCCAGUGAGACCAAAAAGCCUCAGUUGUCCUUGGCACCUCUCUCUCUCUCCCGCUCAGCCCAUGUCCCUGGCACCUCUCUCUCUCCUGCCCAGUCCACCAGCAGAUCCUGUCUUUGCCUUUGAACUCUGAACUCUGUUCCGACCUCAGUGCCUUCUCCCCUCUUCCUCUGCCCUCACCUAAGUCUAGGCUGUUACCACCUCCUCUCUGGACUAGGGAAAACUUACCUUUAUUCUGAACAUAUCCACACCUGCUUUGAUACACUUGCCCUCAAGAGAUAGAGUCUACAUUCCAUCGCCUUGCAACUGGGCCCCUUGACAAACACAACACAGAGGAAGUGGCGCAGCUGAACUUCCCGAGUUCAGUUAGAGAAGAUGUAGGCAGGGCAGGUGUGUGGCUGCUGCCGGAGAGGCCCACAUCCCAUAUUGGAGGGCCUGGCUUGAGUCCCAGGUGCUCCGCUUCCACUCCAGCUUCCUGCUAGUGUGCACCUUGGGAGGCACAGGGGCUUUAGUCCCUGACACCCAUGUGGGAGACUCUGAUGACAUUCAGGGCUCCUGGGUUUGGCCUGGAGAGCGAACCAGUGAAUGGAAGAAUCCCCCCACCCCACCCCGUCUCUCUGCCUUUCAAACAAAAUGAGCAUAAAAAUCAGUAACAGAUACAGCUGAUAGGGUCUGCCUGGUUUCCUCGCGGAGAUGACAGGCAUGUAAGAGUGGUUACAGAGGCCUGCAUUGUGGUACAGCAGGCAGGCCACCACCUGCACGCCAGCAGCCCAGAGGGUGCCUGUUCGAGUACUGCCUGUUCCCAGCUGAUGGCCUGGGAAAGCAGCGGAGGAUGACCAAAGUCCUUGGGCCCCUACACCCAUGUGGGAGACCCAGAAGAAGCUGCUGGCUCCUGGACUUGGCCUGGCCCAACCCCAGCCAUUGCAGCCAUUUGGGGAGUGAACCAACAGAUGAUGAAAGAUCGAUCUCUCUCUCUUGAUUUCAAAUAAAUAAAUCCUAAACAAAAAAUCCUGGUUGCCUGGGGCCGGCAUUGUGGCAUAGUGGGUAAAGCUGCCACCUGCAGUGCCAGCAUCCCAUAUGGGCGCUGGUUCAGGUCUCAGCUGCUCUACUUCCAAUGCAGCUCUCUGCUAUGACCUGGGAAAGCAGUGGAAGAUGGCCCAAAUUCUUGGGCCUGUGCACCUGCAUGGGAGACCUGGAAGAAGCUCCUGGCUUUGGAUUGGCACAGCUCCAGUCAUUGUGGCCAUCUGGGGAGUGAACCACUGGAUGGAAGAUCUCUCUCUCUUUGCCUCUCUUUCUCUGUGUAACUCUGACUUUCAAAUAAAUAAAUAAAUCUUUU